AUUUAUACACUGUUAUUGAGUAUACUUGCUAUAAAGUGCUCAUUAUCAAGUCAGUGCAAUGAACGCAGAGGAUCAGAAUUCUCCGCCAAUGAUAAACAAGAACUACACGGUCACCUUGUACGCCGUACUCUAUAUGAUAUGCGCGCCGGUAAAUGCUGGACAGAAGGACAUAGACAUACAGAGACAGACAGACGUACAGCAAUUACAACAAAUACUUUAAGGGAGUUACGAAAAAAGUCACCAAGCGAGCUGAAAACGUUUUGUUUUGAUGGUUUCGCGUUGAUGAGGUGUUACGCUUUGUUGCUGUUGUUGUUGUCGCUGAAUCUUUUGACAGCUGCUGCGGCUGAUGCUGUGACGGCUGCCGCUGCUGCCGCCGCUGCCGCUGCUACCUGUUCACGUGCUGCGCUUCGAGUUUGCCGAGUUUAUAAAUGUUAAAGAAAAGACGCUGGGCGCAGCAGUUUCGCGGUAAAACUCAGACGUGCGCAAAGUCAAGCUGAAAAUUAAGCGAAUUUAGAUUAAUGUUUUUUCCCCCCUCUCUGUUUGUGAUGUUAUAAUAUGUUUUAGUCUUUCGGUAUUACGAAUGCUUCAAUAUAGCCAAAUUAGCGCAAAGGUCUAACGAAAUAAUACGAAUAUAAGAAAUUUUUUGGAGCAAAUUCGAAAGUGAUUUAAUUUGUUGCGAUCAUUUAAAUAAGCUAACUGUGUUUAAAAUUAGAUAUGCCACGAUACGGAUGUGGUAUAGCUAUAGCAGCCCUCUGGCUAAGCCUCCUGUUUAGCAAUUGCGUUGGCAAACAGAAUGAAUCGACACUGCAGCUGCAGUCAUACAGUCAUGCGAUUCUUAAUGGCAGUAAAAGUAUUUGGUCGAACAAGGACUUGGAAGUGACUGUGACAGUAAAUGCAGAUGACGUCGAGGAUGAUGACGAUGGAGCUAAGACAGACAGGCAUGAAGCACUGCUCGCGCAGAGCUCCAUUAUUUAUGGAUUGAUAGAAGUGGCCAAUGCGAGCAAUGUGAAUGCCAUUUGUCAUGCACAGCUGAAGCACGUGCAGCGCAGCAUCCUCAACAAACAGCCUUGGGCUCUAAAAGCGCUCGAUGCUUCGGGUGGCAAAUCUUCGGGCUUUGUCUUUGGCCAAAACUUUUGGCUGGGCAGUCGAGACGCCUGCACCAGCAUACAGCGCCCUCUGGGCAUAACACUAUCCAAACACUACAAGCGUAACAUGCACAAUGGACUAAUUACACAACAGUCGCCCUUUGAUAUGGAUUAUCGUGUUAUCUAUUUGCGACACAAGUCACCUUGGCAGGUGGAGCUGAAGGUGAUGUCUGAGCAAAUCAUACACAUUGGUCUCUGUUUGCCCAGCUCGUGUCAUUCGAGCGAGAUACAACAGUUGGCUAGCGAUUAUGUGGCAGGCAGUUUCAAGGAUAGCGACAUCUUUGAAUUGGAGCCCGAGGUGCUAUACGUUAAGGAUCUUAAGCUGAGAGAUGUAUUCUAUGAGAGGCUGAGCUUCAAGCUCAUUGUGGGCUUUGUGUUGGCUACUUGUGCUUUCAUGCUCUGUGCUCAGCAGCUGAGCGUGGCCAAGCAGCUGCCAGCGGAUGGGCAUGUGGACGGCGCUGGUCUCGCUCCAGUUGAAUCGGAAAUCUGGAGAGCCUUACACUUUCUGCUCAAGUGGCGUCCCUUGCAGAGUUUUGUCAGCUGUUACGAUGUGGCCAGAAAUUGGCGAAGAAUUGUUGCCACGCGUGAGAAUAACUGCACAGAAAUACCCCUGCUCAAUGGACUCCGUUCUGUGUGUGCCAUAUGCAUAUUGUUCUUUCAUGUGAUGUGGUAUAUGUACUUCACGGUGCACAACAAGGCGACGCUUUUGGCCUAUGGCGAACAUAUUUUCUUUCAGUACAUAUCAUCGGCUCCGUUGCUAGUGGAUGUCUUCUUUACCAUCAGUGGUUUUUUGCAGACUUACAACUUUUUACGCAACUCAAAGCAAUUGCAGGCAAUACGUGAGAAUGGUUCGUUGGCCAAUGUGAAGCUCUUCAGCAAGUUACUUUUUCAUCGCUAUUUGAGACUUGUGCCUCUUUACCUCAUUGUCAUUGGUAGCGUGGAUCUGGUUUUUGCCUACAUUGGCGACACUUCAGUCUAUCACAUUUUCAACCGCUUCGAUGAGAUUUGUAGUCAGCAUUGGUGGCGCAAUUUGCUCUUCAUACAGAAUUUGUUUGAGUUCAACGAUCUGUGCGUGAACUGGAGCUGGAGCCUGGCAUGUGAUAUGCAAUUCUUUUUACUUGCAAAUGCCAUAUUGUUUCUAUAUGUCAAGCAUCCCAAGUCGGCGAAGUUGCUGACAAUCGCUGGCUUGUUGGGCAACAUUGUGUGGUCCUUUGGCAUUGGCAUCAAAAACAAUUUUGAGUUCUCUUUUGACAUAGUCUAUGGCACCGGCACAGAGAUCUACAUAAGUCCCUUUGUACGCGUGCUGCCCUAUAUAUUGGGCUCCAUAGUAGCCUGCUGCCUGGCCGAGCGACGUGUGAGCUACACAUUGAGUGAGGGGCAGCAACGUUGGCUCUGGCAUUUCAGCUUGUUUGUCUUUUUAAUCUGCAUCUAUUCGACAAUGAAAAGGGAUUUUGGCUACAUGUUAACCGUUUCUCUGUUUUCCUUGGGUCGUAUUUGCUUCUCGUUGAGUGUUUGCUGGAUGAUCGUGGGCAGUGCCACGGGUCGAGGUGUUUGGUGGUCUCGCCUGCUGGAGGCGCGUUGCUUUCAGCAUUUGAAUCGUCUAGCCUAUGCCUUCUAUUUGCUCAAUCCUAUGAUAAUCUCCUUAAUAUAUGGCCUCACUAGCUCCAGCACUCAUGCAGAUCCCUUUACGCUGUGCAUUGCUUGCUGUGGCUUCACAUUGGUUGUCUACCUGGCGUCCAUUGUUUUUUCAAUGGCAUUUGAGCUUCCAUACAGCAAUUUGUCAAGUUUGUUAUUAAGUAAACCAAAAACUACCUAAUUUUGUAAUCAACAUUUGCUCUGUUCUGUGAACAAUGAAUGCAUUUGGGAAACUGUUAAGUAUGUACAUAAUUCACGAAACGUAGCCAGUUUUACCGAUAUAUAAAUCUA